AAUGUGGAGAAGUUGUGUGAGAUAGCUAUGGAUAUGUUAAGAGCUGCUUCGGAGUGGUUGACUCUUGCUAUUGAUGCUCCUUCUGCCAAAGCUGUUGUCUUUGGAGUGAACAUCGGAGGACAUCUGUUUGUGGAGGGCAUUCUCUUUGUUGUGAUAAUUUUCCUUCUUUCGCAAAAAAGUUAUAAACCACCUAAGAGACCGCUGACGAAGAAGGAGAUUGACGAGCUAUGUGAUGAAUGGGUUCCUGAACCCCUAAUACCCGGAAUCAAAGAAGAAAUGAAACAGGAACCUCCGGUGUUAGAGAGUGCUGCAGGACCACAUGCAAUAAUAAAUGGAACAAAAGUUUUAAAUUUUUCUUCGGCAAACUAUCUCGGAUUACUGGGACAUGAAAAGUUACUUGAAUCCUGUACAAAAUCUUUGGAGAAAUAUGGUGUUGGUUCAUGUGGCCCUCGUGGAUUUUAUGGGACAAUUGAUGUCCACCUUGAUUGUGAAGCCAGGAUUGCGAAGUUUUUAGGCACUCCGGAUUCCAUACUUUACUCAUAUGGGCUUUCCACCAUGUUCAGUGCUAUUCCAGCUUUUUGCAAGAAGGGAGAUGUUAUUGUUGCGGAUGAGGGCGUGCACUGGGGAAUCCAAAACGGUCUUCAGCUUUCGAGAAGUACAAUUGUAUAUUUCAAGCAUAAUGACAUGGACUCUUUAAGGAAUACACUAGAGAAGGUUACCCAAGAGAAUAAACGAGCAGAGAAGGUCAGGCGUUAUAUCGUGGUUGAAGCCAUAUAUCAGAAUUCUGGACAAAUUGCGCCUCUAGAUGAAAUCAUUAGACUGAAGGAGAAGUAUCGUUUUCGUGUGUUACUGGAUGAGAGCAAUUCCUUGGGUGUUCUUGGCGUUUCCGGUAGAGGAUUAACUGAACGCUGCCAAGUGCCAGUUGAGAAAAUAGACAUCAUUACGGCUGCUAUGGGACAUGCAUUGGCCACUGAGGGAGGAUUCUGCACUGGUAGUGCAAGAGUCAUCGAUCACCAAAGGCUUAGUAGUUCUGGUUAUGUUUUUUCCGCUUCGUUACCCCCAUACCUAGCAAGUGCUGCUAUUACCGCAUUUGAUGUCAUAGAAGAAAAUCCUAAUCUUAUCAGGAAGCUCAAGGAAAAUAUUGCUCUCCUAUGGACAGGGUUAUCUGGUAUUCGGGGUCUUCAAAUAGUGAGUGAUCCAGAAUCUCCCGUUGUUUUUCUCCGAAUAAAUAAAUCAACAGGUUCCUCAAAAGGUGACCUUCAGCUGCUUGAGGUUAUUGCUGAUCGUGUGCUGAAAGAGGAAUCUGUUUUUGUUGUAACUUCUAAAAGAUCAACACUUGAUAAGUGCAACCUGCCUGUGGGCAUAAGAUUGUUCGUCUCUGCUGGUCAUUCAGAGUCAGACUUGGUGAAAGCAGCAGAAUCAUUGAAGAAAGUGGCUGCUUUGGUGCUGAAUGCUGAUUAG